GUUCAUUUUUAAAAUUUUUAUGAUGCAUGAAAUGAUGGACAUAAUUAAAAAAGAUAUAUUUAUCACUAAUAGCAUGAUUAAUCAAAAAAUUAUUGAAAAGAAAAAUUAUAGGAAUCUAAAUUAUAAAUCCUUACUAAAAAAACCUAUUCUAAAAGCAGAAAAAAAAGUUAAUCAGGAAAAUAAUAUAUAUGUCAAUGCAUUUUAUAAAAUAAAGCUCAGGAAGUUCCAACAUAGAUUUGAACCUAAUAUAAACUCAAAAAAUUAUAAUGAUGCUCAAAUUAAAGACCCUGUCUUAAAUAAUAAUGGAUUUAAAGUUACAAAAUUAGAUAAUGAAGAUAUACCACUAAAUAAUAGUGAUAAACUGACUUUAAAAAAUCAUGAAACUUUCCCUGCGGAUAUUAAUUUAAAUUAUAAUGUUUUAGAAAAAAUAUUUAAUAACAAUAUUAAAAUUAUAAAUGAUUUGCAAUCUGAGAAUAAUAAAUUAGGUAAUCAUAAAGAAUUUUUUUUAUCAAUUUUGCAAAAUAAUUUUGGAAAUCAAAGUUACGAUAAUGAAAUUAACUCUAACCUUUCCAAGAAUACAAAACAUUACAAAGAGAAAAAUGAUACCUCUUCUGAAAGUUUAUCCAAUUUGUUAAACCAAGUUGAUUUAUAUUCAAAACAAAGACAAGAUUCUAAAAUUGAUAUGUCAACCCAAACAUCUUAUUUAAGUGUAAUUCAAAACACAAUAUCCACACGUAAAAAGGAUAAUAUAUUUGGUCUUUUCUUAUCUAAUUAUAAAAAUGAUUCAAAUCUUUUAAAGCAAACUAAUAUUGCCAUAAAAGCAGAAAAGGAAACUGAAUAUUUUACAAAAAAAUUGCCAAACAUUUAUUUAGAAAAUAAUAUUGUACCAAACAUUUAUUCAGAAAAUGAUAUUGAAAGUGGGAUUUUACAUAAUUAUACUAUGAGUAAAUCAUCUUCCAUAAUCAAGCCUCAAAUAUUAACUAAAUCUUAUCAAAAAUCAAAAAAAAAUCUCCUUAAUAUACCAACCCACAAGAAACCCAUAUUUGAAGAUAAAAAUAGUUUUGAAACUUUUUACAAAUUGCCACAAAUUAUACCCUUAGACCCAUUACUAACUACCAAUGACCUCAAAAGUGAUAUUUUAAGUGUAUCAAAUGAAACCUUGAACUUUAAUCUCAACAUUAAUAAUGACUCUUUUUUAGCUUCAAUAGAUAACAGUGAAGAUUCUUCUUUAGCUAAUAUAUCAGCAGGAGAAUUAAUAUUGAACAGAUCUCAGACUUCAGUUUAUUAAUUAUCUCAUAUAUCAUUUUUGCAAUCUUCUUCUACAGUUGUCACUUUAUAACUAAAUUAUAAAACAAGAAACAACCUUUAAUAUACCAUAUUCAUAGCAAUUAUAAUCUCCACAAUUGGAAAACUUUGAUAAUAAAACUCAUUUCUUUAUAGAAGAUAUAAGGAGAAUAAUACUGAAGAUCUUAAAAAAUAUUUUUUCCUAUGCUAAAAAAUGGGGUUAAAAAUUUUUACAUACAAUUUCUUCUUGAGCCAGACAUACAUGACAUAUUUACUGUAUUAAUUUAUAAUUAAUUUAUUUUCCUAUUCAUAUUAUAAAUUAUUUUAUUUCCAUUUUCAAUUAGUAUUAACAAUAUUGUUUAAGUUACUAAUGCUAAUAUUAUAAUUCCUUUAUUGCAAUGAUAUGAAAUACCUUUUUUUAUAAAAAAAAAUUUGUAUACAGAUUUAGCAAUUUUUGACCUUUGUAUUUUUUUUUCUUCAAAAAAGAUAAAUAUUUAUAAAAUUAAAUACUAUAGUUUAAUUUAUUAGAAUUAGA